AGCAAGGGAAGUGCAGGCUAGAAUCGGCCCGCAGGCGUCGCUCGGUGGUUGCGAGUCAUAGAGACGCGACGUAGUCGCAGGCGAGGCGAGACCCUUGUGCUAUGACGCUGGGUGUGUAAUGUGUUGGCGCUGUGCAGCUAUAUACUAAAAGAGCGCUGGGACUGCGGAAGACCGCGUACGUAGCUCAUGGGCAUUCCCGCAUUCCACGGGUGUCUCCCACUUCUGCUCGCAGCUUCACGCUAAACUUCGUUGACAGGGGCUGGCCCCACUCCCUCCUAUAUCCCCACGUAUACGACAGAGGACGCAAACACAGGGGAGUUUACCGGACGGGCGCGAGGAUCACUAUCGGGCUCAAUGGCAGCCCCGUUGUUGGUGUCCGAGAAGCUGCUGCUCCCCAGUAUUGGGGUUGCGCAGGACUUCAUCUCGUUCAAGAAUGUCUCUAUGGAGUCAGAGAAGUACAUUUGCGUCCGCGAGACCGGUGCUCAGAACACCGUGGUCAUCGUGGACAUGUCCAACCCGCUGAAUCCUGCGCGGAGGCAGAUCAGCGCGGACAGUGCCCUCAUGUGCCUUGACAAGAAGGUCAUCGCGCUGAAGGCCGUGACCGCGGGCACUGCAGGCGACACCCUGCAGGUGUUUAACCUUGACACCAAAACGAAGCUGAAGGCAUACCAGAUGCCGGAGACGGUGGAGUUUUGGAAGUGGAUCACUCCGACGAUGCUUGGCCUCGUGACCGCGGGCGCAGUCUACCACUGGGACGUGGAGGGCGCGUCGGAUGCUCCCACCAAGGUGUUCGACCGGACCCCGAACUUGGCGGGCUCCCAGAUUAUCAGCUACCGCACUAGCACGGACAACAAGUGGGCGGUCCUCAUCGGCAUUGCCCCUGGCGCGCCGGAGCGGCCGCAGCUGGCGAAGGGCCUCAUGCAGCUGUACUCCUUCGAGCAGGCCAAGAGCCAGCCGCUGGAGGCGCAUGCCGCGGCCUUCGCGAAUGUCAAGUUCACGGGCCGGGACACACCCAGCCUGGUCAUCUCGUUCGCCCAGAAGACCCUGAAGGACGGGCAGAUCAUCUCCAAGCUGCACGUCAUUGAGCUGGGCGGCGCGGCGGCUGGCGGCGCCAUCAAGCGCAGCGCGGAGCUGUUCUUCCCGGCGGACUUUGCGGACGACUUCCCGGUCUCGCUGCAGAUCAGCGAGAAGUUCGGGCUGGUGUACGUGGUGUCCAAGCUGGGCUUCGUGUUCGUGUACGACCUGGAGUCCGCCACCGCCGUGUACCGCAACCGCAUCAGCCCGGACCCCGUGUUCCUGGCCUGCCCCAGCGACAGCACCGGCGGCAUCUACGCUAUCAACCGGCGCGGCCAGGUGCUGCUUGCGACCGUGAACGAGGCGACCAUGGUGCCGUUCGUGAGCCAGCAGCUCAACAACCUGGACCUCGCCAUGGCCAUGGCCAAGCGCGGCAACCUGCCGGGCGCGGAGGCGCUGGUGGGCCAGCAGUUUGAGCGCCUGUUCGCGGCGGGCCAGUACAAGGAGGCGGCGGAGUGCGCCGCGGAGUCGCCGCAGGGCCAGCUCCGCACGCGCGAUGUGAUGGACAAGCUGAAGGGCGUGGUGCCGCCCGCCGGCCAGAAGCCGCCCAUCCUGGUGUACCUGGGCGUGCUGCUGCAGCGCGGCAAGCUCAACGCCGCGGAGUCGGCGGAGCUGGCGCGUCUGGUGCUGAGCCAGAACAAGAAGGACCUGCUGGUCAACUGGUGGGGCGAGGGCAAGCUGGAGGCGUGCGAGGAGCUGGGUGACGCCAUCAGCGCGGCGGGCGACAAGGACUUCGCGCUCAAGGUGUACCAGCAGUGCGGCGCCGGCCCCAAGGUCAUCGCCACGCUGGCGGAGAAGGGCGACAUCCAGGCGCUGAUCGCCUACACGGGCCAGAGCGGCCAGAAGCUUGACUACAUGUUCCUGCUGCAGAGCCUCAUGAUGAACAACCCCAACGGCGCCGUGGCGCUGGCCAAGAUGGUGGCCAAGCAGACGCCGCCGCCGGUGGACGUCAACGUCAUGGCUGACCUGUUCCUGCAGCGCAACAUGAUCCGCGAGGCGACCGCCUUCCUGCUGGACGCGCUGUCGGGCGACAAGCCGGAGCAGGCGGCGCUGCAGAGCAAGCUGCUGGAGAUCAACCUGGUCACCAACCCGCAGGUCGCGGACGCCAUCCUGGCCGGCGGCACGCUGACGCACUACGACCGGCCGCGCAUCGCGCAGCUGUGCGAGAAGGCCGGCCUGUAUAUGCGCGCGCUGCAGCACUACACCGACCUGUCGGACAUCAAGCGCUGCAUCAUCAACACGCACGCGAUCGACCCCCAGGCGCUGGUGGAGUACUUUGGCACGCUGUCCAGCGACUGGGCGCUGGACUGCCUGAAGGAGCUGCUGGUGAGCAACAUGGCGCAGAACCUGCAGCUGGUGGUCAACAUCGCCAAGGAGUACACGGAGCAGCUGACGGCCUCCAAGGUCAUUGAGCUGUUCGAGGCCUACAACUCGUACCACGGCCUGUACUUCUACCUGGGCGCGCGCAUCUCGUUCACCGAGGACCCCGAGGAGCACUUCAAGUACAUCGAGGCGGCUGCUCGCACCGGCAACCUGAAGGAGGUGGAGCGCGUCACCCGCGAGUCGUCGCACUACCCGCCCGACAAGGUCAAGGCCUUCCUGAUGGAGGCCAAGCUGCCGGACGCCCGCCCGCUCAUCAACGUGUGCGACCGCUUCGACAUGGUGGAGGACCUGACGCAGUACCUGUUCGCCAACAACAUGCUGCGCUACAUCGAGGGCUACGUGCAGAAGGUGUCGCCGGCCAAGGCGCCCGCCGUGGUGGGCGCGCUGCUGGACUGCGAGGCGCCCGACGAGUUCAUCAACAACCUCAUCCUGUCGGUGCGCUCGCUGCUGCCGGUGGACAAGCUGGUGGAGGCGGUGGAGCGCCGCAACCGCCUCAAGCUGCUGACGCCCUUCCUGGAGCACCUCAUCAGCGAGGGCAGCCAGGACCCGCACGUGCACAACGCGCUGGGCAAGAUCAUCAUCGACACCAACAACAACCCGGAGCACUUCCUAACCACUAACCCCUACUACGACUCGCUCGUGGUCGGCAAGCACGCGGAGAAGCGCGACCCCAACCUGGCCGUCAUUGCCUACAAGCGCGGCACCUGCGACGACGCGCUCAUCGAGUGCACGUCCAAGAACGCGCUGUUCAAGCCGCAGGCCCGGUACAUUGUGGAGCGUGCUGACCCCGCGCUGUGGGCCAAGGUGCUGGACGAGGCCAACGAGCACCGCGCCUCGCUCAUUGAGCAGGUGGUGGGCACCGCCCUGCCCGAGAGCCGCAACCCCGAGCAGGUCAGCGUCACAGUCAAGUCGUUCAUGGCCCAGGGCCUGCAGUCGGAGCUGAUCGAGCUGCUGGAGAAGAUUGUGCUGCAGAACAGCGCCUUCUCCAACAACGCCAACCUGCAGAACCUGCUCAUCCUCACCGCCAUCAAGUCCGACAAGACCCGCGUCAAGGGCUACAUCUACCGCCUGGACAACUUUGACGGGCCCGCCGUGGCCGAGAAGGCCAUCGAGCACGGCCUGGCGGAGGAGGCGUUUGAGAUCUUCAAGAAGUUCAACAAGCGCGUGGAGGCCGUCAAGGUUCUGCUGGAGCAGCUGAAGGACCUGCCGCGCGCCUCGGAGUGGGCCUCCAAGUGCGACGAGCCGGCGGUUUGGAGCGAGCUGGGCCACGCGCAGCUGGCGGCGGGCCAGGUGGCGGAGGCCAUCGCCUCCUACCUCAAGGCCGGCGACUCGAGCCGCUACGUGCAGGUGACGGAGACGGCCAAGGGUAGCGGCUGCUACGACGACCUGGUCAAGUACCUGCUGAUGGUGCGCAAGAAGGUCAAGGAGCCUAAGGUGGACACGGAGCUGGUGUACGCGUACGCCAAGACCUCCAACAUGGCGGCGCUGGAGGAGUUCAUCUCCGCCACGCACCAGGCCAACCUGCAGGCCUGCGGAGACCGCUGCUACGAGGAGGGGCUGUACGAGGCGGCGCGCGUGCUGUUCGCGCACCUGCCCAACUACGGCCGCCUGGCUUCCACGCUGGUGCGGCUGCGGCAGUUCCAGCAGGCGGUGGACGCGGCGCGCAAGGCCAACAGCCCCAAGACCUGGAAGGAGGUUUGCUACGCGUGCGUGGACGAGAAGGAGUUCCGCCUGGCGCAGCUGUGCGGCCUGGCCAUCAUCGUCAACGCCGACGAGCUGGACGAGGUGUCGGAGACCUACCAGCGCAAGGGCCACUUUGACGAGCUGAUUGCGCUGAUGGAGAGCGGCAUCGGCCUGGAGCGGGCGCACAUGGGCAUCUUCACCGAGCUGGGCAUCCUGUACGCCCGCUACCGGCCCGAGAAGCUGAUGGAGCACCUGAAGCUGUUCGGCAACCGGCUCAACAUCCCGCGCCUCAUCCGCGUGUGCGACGAGCAGCAGCACUGGAAGGAGCUCACGCUGCUGUACAUCGCCUACGACGAGUACGACAACGCCGCGCUGUGCAUGAUCAACCACUCGCCCGUGGCGUGGGAGCACGUGCAGUUCAAGGACGUGGCGGUCAAGGUGUCCAGCACCGAGACGCACUACCGCGGCCUGGCCUUCUACCUGGACGAGCACCCGGACCUGUUGUGCGACUUGCUGGGCGUGCUGCAGAGCCGUCUGGACCACGGCCGCGUGGUGGACAUGAUGCGCCGCGCCAACCAGCUGCCGCUCAUCAAGGACUACCUGCUGGGCGUGCAGAAGGCCAACCACACCGAGGUCAACGAGGCCAUCAACUCGCUGCUGAUCGAGGAGGAGGACUUCGAGGGCCUCAAGCACUCCAUCUCCACCUACGACAACUUCGACCAGCUGGGCCUGGCUGCUCGGCUGGAGAAGCACGAGCUCAUUGAGUUCCGGCGGCUGGCGGCGAUGGUGUACAAGCAGAACCAGAAGUGGCGGCGCGCGGUGGAGCUGGCACAGGCGGACGGGCUGUUCCGGGACGCGAUGGAGACCACGGCGCAGAGUGGGGAGGCGGAGCUUGCGGAGGAGCUGCUGCGGUAUUUUAUCGAGAAGGGCGAGAAGGAGUGCUUCGCGGCCUGCCUGUACACCUGCUACGACCUGCUGCGGCCGGACGUGGUGCUGGAGCUGUCCUGGAUGAACGGCCUCACCGACUACUCCAUGCCCUACAUGAUCCAGAUGCUGAAGGAGUAUGUGGGCAAGGUGGACAUGCUCAUGUCAGAGCGCAAGGAGCAGCAGAAGGAGAAGGAGCAGGCGCAGCAGGCGCAGCGCCACCAAGAGGCGCAGCGCAACGCCUACGCCACACUCAUGCCACUGGCUCUGCCCGCGCCCAACAUGACUGGGCCGGGCGGGCCAGGCGGCGGCUACGGCGACCACCACGGGGCUGCGGGCGCCGGCGGCUUCGGGGCGGCGCCCCACGGCGGCUUCGGCGGGGCCCCGCAAGGUUUCGGGGGGCACCCUUUCGGCGGUCAGUAUUAAGUGGCUGAGCACGGGAGCGAAAGGAUAGUGAUGAGAUGAGGCUCGGGUCUGGGCGCAUUAGAGAGGGACCGACAGAUAUUGCAUGACGUGGCGGCAGCUGCUUUGGGCGGGCCCGGGCAUGGCCGUGACACCCUGAUAUAAUGUUGGUUGGAGUGCGAGUUUUGGCGGAAGCACAAAUACACACACUACGGGGGCGGCAUGCAACUGUGGUAAACAGGGGGGUGCUCUUAAAGACACACUCUCCGGGUGCUCGUGGAGCGUGAAGGAAGAUUGCUGUAGACGCUAGAGCGGGCUCGCGGCAUUCCGAGUCAGCUGCUUAGUAUAGCGCUUAGUGCAUAAGCGAAGCAGCGGUGGUGCAUUCAGGAACAUGUGUGACGCCAGGUCUGUAACAAAGGACUACA